UAUGUGGCAUGCAAUUUUGCUCGUCUUAUGGCUCCCAAGAGCGAGCUGCCGUGGGAUCUAUUAUGAGAGGUUCAUCGCCGACUUUGUCGAUAACCAGGACAUCAAGAUCCUGAACAUUAUCACGGCAAAUGUGCCAGACCUGUUGUUCCACUUGGACAAGGAUCUUCUCAAGCCUUACUAUUGGACCGUGGUGAACCAAACUGACUUCUCGGUGUCCAAUGUUGCUCGAGGCACGCCCCUGCUUCAUGUUGUGUUCCAACUCGACGGGUUCCAUCAUCUGGACGAAUGGAUCAAGGUGGGCUCAAAUUUUGAUUUAUGGUUGGUGGAGGAUUGCCACGUCCCCGAUCACAUGGGAUCACUCAAACACAUUGCCAUUGACCAGAGCGUCUUCUUCUUUUGUCAAACCAAGACCGAUCAAAUAACUGUUCAUGAAGCUUAUUGGUUGAAGGGACUACCAGGACCAAUAAUCUCUGAAGUGAUUAAAUGGACCAAUGGGUCCGAAUUGGGAGAAUUUCCAGAACAGUACGAAAGGCGAAAGGAUCUUCAGGGAGCAGUGAUCAGGACCGCUGUUUCAAAUUGGGCUCCCUAUGCUUUGAUCCACACCCACGAAAACGGAACGAAGGAAUUUUCCGGGUUCUUCGCCGACAUCGUGGGCUCGCUCAGUGAGAUUAUGAACUUCACCCUGGAACUCAUGGAGCCACCGGAUGGCUCGUGGGGACACCUGUUGCCUGAUGGGGGCUGGUCAGGCAUGGCAGAGGGCACGAUCUUCUUCCGCAACCCAAGGAAUAACUACAAUUGGCUGGCCUAUCUGCAGCCUUUACUGUGGCAAGUGUGGGCGGUCAUUGUUCUUCUGUUUCUCACCAUGCCCGUCAUGAUCGCCACCUCGGCCAACCUUCCCCCGCAAGACCGCAAUGCUGACGAGUUCUCGUUGAUCAAGAGCUACAUCUUCGUCUUUGGAGCCUUAACCUUUGGUCGCCGAUGGAGUGUGACCCCUUUCACCAGUUCCACUCGGGUCAUCUUUUUCCUCAUCACCAUCUCCGGAUUGAUGAUUCAAUGGCACUGGAAGGCUGGGAUCAUCUCCAUGCUCACGGUCAACGAUAUUAUCUAUCCCUUCGAAGAUCUGGCGGGCGUACUUAAUUCCGAUUACAAGCUGCUCAUCUACCCGUCGGGUAAUCUGCUGACCUAUUUCGAGCGGAGCAACGACUCCGUGAUCCGCGGCCUUUGGGAACGAGAUAUCGAGCAAGAGUACGAGCACUGGCCCGAAACCUACGAGAACAACGGGCUCAUUCAUCUGGCCAUGCAAGACGAUAUCGCGUUCUUCGAGUACUUUGAAGGCCCCGUGACCAUCUCCAAGGCCUACCAACGUUGCGAGUUGAUCUCCACUCAAAAGACGUUAUUGCCCGCGUUGUUCACGUUCAUAUUGCAGAAGAAUUCGUCAUUCCAUGGGAUCUUUAACCAUUACUUGAACAUGCUCAAAGAGAAGGGCAUGUUCAAUAAGAUGGCUGUGUACUACAAACCUCCACCUCAAGAGUGCGGGGGUGGCCGAGGCACGCCCAUAGGGGUCAACAAUUCCGUGGUGCCGCUGUCCAUAUUCGUUUCAGGUUGCUUGUCAUGCAUUGCAUGUCUGUUCAUGGAGCUAUUUUGGUAUCGCAUUUCCCAAGAGCCUCAAGAGAUACACACGGGGGAACAACCGAAGCCCACAGAGUCCCCAAUCAAGAAAGAAGACGAAGAUUGGCUUAUCAAAGCCAUGUCCGGCAUGUUAAAGAUUCAUUAAUAAAACAUUGCAUGCCAAUCCAAUUCUCUCGUCACCGAAAGCAGGAAAAACUUCCAUAAAAUCUCGUAAAAUCGAUCUACAUUAUGAGAUGUUAUGGCUAUCACUUUGUGAGGGAAAGUUAAUACUUAAGAAGUGUGAUACUACAUCGACACUUGUCUAAGGCCCACCAG